AUGGGGAAAGACAAGAAAGAAGAGGCCAUCUUCCUGAGGAAAAAGAUAACUUUGCUGCGGGCUUUCUCGCUACUCAUUGGCAGCAUGGUUGGCAGUGGCAUCUUUAUUUCCCCCAAAGGAGUACUGAAAAACUCUGGCAGUGUGGGAUUCUCCCUGGUCGUCUGGUUUUCCUGUGGGCUUCUCUCCAUGUUUGGUGCCUUGUGUUAUGCAGAGCUUGGAACAAGAAUCACCAAAUCUGGAGGACAUUAUAUCUACAUUUUGGAGACGCUAGGGCCUCUGCCAAGCUUCUUAUUCCUGUGGGCAGAGUUUUUUGCUAUCAGGCCUGCCAACAGUGCUGUUGUUUCCCUGGCAUUUGGACGCUACAUGCUGGAGCCGUUUUUCGCCCCCUGUGCUGCACCUGUCCCUGCGGUGAAGCUCGUGUCUCUCCUGGGCUACUACAUGGUCCUCACCCUCAAUUCCUGGAGUGUCACCUGGAGCGCGCGGCUGCAGACGGCUCUCUCUGUUGUCAAGCUCCUGGCUCUUGCACUCAUCAUCGUGCCAGGGAUGAUGUUGCUGGCCCAAGGCCACACCGAGAACUUCCAGGAUGCUUUUGACAGACAGUCGCUGGUUCUGGAUAAGCUCCCCCUGGCUUUCUAUGCAGGCAUGUUCGCAUACUCCGGCUGGUUUCAGACCAGCUUUGUGCGGGAAGAGUUGGUCAAACCUGAACGAAAUAUCCCCUUGGCUGUCAUCGUGUCUGUGAUCACAGUAAUUGUGGGAUACAUGCUCACCAACGUCUCCUAUUACACAGUCCUGGGAACAGAAGAUGUUCUGGCUUCCCCUGCUGUGGCUGUGAGCUUUGUGCAGCGAGCCUUCAAAAGCCUGAUCUCUGUUGUCCCUGUCCUUGUCGCACUGUCCUGCUUUGGAACUAUGAAUGGAGGAAUCUUCACGUUUUCAAGGACUCUGUUUGUGGCUUCCAGAGAAGGGCAGUGGCCUCCUCUCUUCUCCAUGAUCCACAUUCGGAGGCAUACCCCCCUUCCUGCUGUCAUGUUAAUGUUCCCUUUGGUCACUGCCAUGGUGUGCAUCGGAGACAUCUACCAUCUACUGAACUUCUUCAGCUUUUCCCGAUGGCUCUUCAUAGGAUUAGCCACCCUCGGGCUCAUCGUCCAUCGCCACCGUCACCCGGAGCUGCACAGCCCCUUCAAGGUUCCCCUGUUUGUUCCUGUCUCUUUUACCAUCAUCUGCCUCUUCACAGUGGCAAUGUCUUUCUAUUCAGACCCUGUGAACAUCAGCAUUGGAUGCAUCAUAGUUUUGAGUGGGUUUCCAGUCUACUACCUCAUCAUUCACAGGCAGAUGUCAGAUCGCUGCCGCAACCUGUUUUAUUAUCUUACAUACAAACUACAGUUACUGCUGGAAGUUGUCCAACAAGAAAUCAAGACUUACUGAGAAAACCAUCAAAACUCACAGAAGACAAUAAAAAUCUACUUACACCAUUUUUGAUACCUUUGAUCCUACCAAAAGCAGACCAUGAUUUUAUUCUUUUUAGUCAGUGCAACUGAGGAUGACUGAGACAAAACCUUGCUGCAAGUGUUCCUAAGCUUGCCAGCUGGGAUCUGUUCCUGCCCUUUUAUUUUUUUUUCAGAAGAGGAAACUAGUUCUCUGAAAUGAGCUUGCUUUGCCUGCAGAGUGUCUUUGAAACCAAGAUCCUAAUUUUGCAGCCUAGCCCAGUCCUGAGAAAAAUUCUGUGUGUGUGUGUACAGAGACAGUAUUUUGUUUUCCUGGCUUGGCAAAUAGAGGAAGUGGGCAUGUUGCAAAACUUAGAAUCCAAUACAUGGAAGCCAAAUGCAAGUUUCAAACAGAGCUACUACAGCAGCCUUGUGGACAAGAGGAAGGGUUGGGGAGACCUAAUUAGAGGUAAGGCAGAUGAAUUGGAAAGGGAAAUACAAGGGGAUAAAAUUUUAUCCACCAGAAAGUGCAGAUUGAGCUAAUGAGAAGAUAUUUGAAAUCCAAGUAUUAACAAAGUAAAGUGAGAAUGUUUUGCUUUGAUUUUUGUAUAAGCAGAAAUUUUUUAGCUUUGAAAUAAUAUUUCAACUUUGAAUUUUACCUUUCUGAAAUUACAUUUUAAAAUGUACAAAUGCAUUUUUAAAGCAAUCAGUUAAAUAUCAACUAGAAUAUGACAGGAGAGAUCCUGAUCCCUCCCCCAGCUUCCCAGACCCACUCCUCACCAGUGAAGUUGAAAACAGAAUUUGGCCUAGCUCCAGUGAAAUACAAUUCCUCCUUUAAUUAGACAGGACCACUGAUGAGACUUGGGCAAAUUCCUGAAUAAAUGCAUCUUCUGGUGCUGUAAGAAGACAUGAGUGACUUCACAUCCAAGCUUUAACUUGCCAAUAGCGCAUGACUUGCUGAUUUAAUCCAUAAAUGCUCAUUUGAACUAAUGGCAUAAGAAAGGUUUCCAUUAUUGGAUUACUUUGGUUUACAUUAUUAAUGUGACAAUGUAUGUCCAGAUAAUACACCAAUUACCUAUUUACAAUCACGUAAUUGUUAAUCAGUUGCUAAAAGAUGGGAAGUAGCAUGCUAAGACUCUUCUAAUGACUGCUGGAAAGAGGAACAGCAGAAUGUGGAGCAUUUUUUAAUCCUUUGUAUCAAACAUUUAUGUA